AUGAACUAUAAGCCAAAUUGGUCAAGUCAAUAUACGUACAAAUGCCUGCUGCUGGGCAAUACCCGAGUGGGAAAAUCCACUUUCAUGAGGCUAUUAUCCACCGGAAAUUUUACGGAGGAGCAUCUGCCCACCAAGGGACUCAUGGUGCACACUCUGCUCUUGGAAACUAACUACCAACCACUCGCUCUGCAGCUCUGGGACGUGGCUGGCGACUGUCAGCACGGUGGAUUACACAACGGGUACUAUUUCCACGCCCGGUGUGCCAUCAUAAUGUUCGAUCUGAGUGAAAUUUCCUCAGCGGCCAGUGUGGCGGAGUGGGUGCGUGAGCUGGAGGCGAUUUGCGGCCCAGAUCUUCCCGUGGUGAUCUGCGGAAAUAAGGCGGAUUUGAAUCCAUUUCCUCGCGAAUUGUUGCUUCGUCGUCGCGGAAACGUAAACUACUGCGAAAUAUCCUGUAAGGCCGCUUGGAAUCUCAAGGAGCCUUUGGAGCUGCUCUCCCGCUGUCUGUUGGGAUACAGCAAGCUGCAUCUGAUCUCCGAGCCCAUCAUCCAACCGGUGACCGGAUGCGAGGUGGAUAAGCAAAAGAUGGAAGGUCGUGUUAGGGAUAUAAGGAAUCGGGCUCUAGUCGAGGAGGACCAAAAAGGCGGUCAGGAUGGUCAGAAUAGACAUCAAAGGACCAAAGCACAGCAGUACAUAGUAUUAAAUUGA